UCUUCACGAAUAGAAUCACGAAAAGGUCAAGUUCCUUUGCCAAUUUUUUGAACGGCUGCCAAUACAAUCGCAUUCAUGGGAACCUCAUCAGACCGGGCCAGAAAAGCUUUUCCAUUUUGCAUCGUUGUAUACAAUGCUCCGUUUCGCUUUUGUCUACUGACCAUCUGCAGAAUUUUCCCGAUAGACUUUUCAACGAUUCUCGCCAGCAGACUCGAACGCAAAUCAAUUAACAGGAGCAGGAAAGUCUGGAUGGAGCAGGCCGCUAAAGAUUUGUGUAAACGAAAUGCAGAUGCCACUGGAUUUUCCCCUGGACUGCUGCUCCAAGCAGAAGUUAUUGCAAUGCGAAUGACAAACAUUGCCUGGCUCUGGAUAAACAAACAGAGCUGGAGCACUACUCGGCGUCGUCUAGACGGGAUCUUGGGUCGUUCUAAGACGUUGCCCCUUUCCCUAUUCCUCUCCAUCAAUGGUUUAUGCUUUUCUUCCGAGAAUUCGCAUAUUAACCAAGUUUAUGGCAUGGAGGAGAGGAAAACACCGGCAGAAAACUGGCCAUCAAAUCGCAGUGGUCACGAUUUGAUUUCCGUUCCGGUAUCAGAAGUGCUUAUCUCGGCUGGUUUGAUGGCCCCUUAUCGACUGUUCAAGGUGGAAAAUGUGGAUGGGGACUAGAUGAAAGACUCCCUUUGAACUGGGAGAUCCAAGACAAUGCAACAGCUACGCACUCUACAAAUAAACAGACAAUCUGCGAUUGCAGUCGGAAAUCCAAGAAGUCUUUAAUAGCUUUCUUCACUAUUAAAACGCUGGGCAUUGUUUAUGUUUCAAGGGUCUUUUAAUAUUUUUCUCCAUAACAAACGUAGGGGAAUAUCACACGGUUAUCAGCUGGGAAUGUAUAAAUAAAUAGUCGAUAUACAAUUGGCAGCGA